UCAUAUAUUCCAAACUCUCUCUUCUUUCUCUCUCAUCAGUCAACCACAGCUGCUUUGCUUGAAUUAUUACAACUCUUUCUAUUAAUAGCAUUCCCCGCAUACAAAUGGCGUCCUCGUCUCCUUUCUUUUAUUGCAACUCCCCUCAAUUUCUCGACCAUCGGAACAUCAAUUCUACUAAUAAUAACAAUCUGACGUCAUCCUCCUCCUCUAAUUCUUGUUCCCCUUCCCCUUAUUCUUCCUACCCUAGCAAUUUCUGCAAUCGCCGCCGCCGCUCAAAAAUUAUUUGGAAGCAUAAAAGUAUUAGGGCUGAAGCCAUGAGUACAUCAAAUGGGAAUCUUUCAUCACAAAGGGGCAUUGUCGAUUUCGAGGAUGAACCGGAUCAUCUUCUUGUUCUUGUUCAUGGCAUCUUGGCUAGCCCAAGUGAUUGGACGUAUUUUGAAUCGGAGCUGAAAAGACGAUUAGGGAAGAAGUUCUUGAUUUACGCAAGUUCAUGUAAUAUGUAUACCAAAACUUUUACGGGAAUCGACGGUGCUGGAAAACGACUUGCAGAUGAAGUAGUGCAGGUAGUGAAGAAGACAGAAAGCCUAAAAAAAAUAUCUUUCUUAGCACAUUCGCUCGGUGGAUUAUUUGCAAGAAACGCAAUUUCGGUGCUCUAUUCUCCAAACGUGUCUGCAAAUAAAGGUUUAAUUGCCGGGCUAGAAGCAAUUAAUUUUAUUACACUAGCAACACCUCAUUUAGGAGUUAGAGGAAAUCGGCAGCUUCCGUUUCUUCUGGGAGUAUCUUUCUUGGAGAAACUAGCCGCUCCGAUUGCCCCCGUUUUUACGGGCAGAACUGGGAGUCAGCUCUUUCUCACAGAUGGCAAGCCUAAUAAACCACCUUUGUUAUUAAGAAUGGCUUCCGACUGUGAAGAUGGAAAAUUCAUAUCGGCACUUGGCGCUUUCAAAUGUCGGGUUCUUUAUGCCAAUGUCUCAUAUGACCAUAUGGUUGGUUGGCGAACAUCUUCCAUACGAAGAGAAAAUGAGCUCUUUAAGGUAUCGAAUUCUUAUUACGAUAGAGCUCCGGCAAAUACAGUACAAUAUCAUGAGAUUAUAGAAGAGGAAAUGAUACAUGGAUUACAAAGGCUAGGGUGGAAGAAAGUUGAUGUGAGCUUUCAUUCGGCAUUUUGGCCGUUUUUCGCGCAUAAUAAUAUCCACGUGAAAAACGAAUGGUUUCAUAAUGCUGGAGCAGGAGUGGUUGCUCAUGUUGCAGAUACAAUAAAGCAACAAGAUUCUUAUUCGACGUACAUUUCUGCUAGUCUGUAGCUGUACGUUUACGAUGUUUUGUUGGAAACUCGUAAUUGUUACAAAUGAAAGCCAAUGUAUAAGCAAGAACAAGAACCGAAAAAUCAAUAAAAUCGACUUCUUUAACGCAA